GCUCUGCCCAUCCCUUGUGUCCCUGGGCAUUCCUCUGACAGAACUUGCUACAUCUGUGCUGCCUAGAAUCAUUGCUCCCUUUCAGUGAUGAGGAAGCAGCAGGCCUGCAUUUUAAACACUAAUUCCUAAGUGGGGGGGCAUUUCUCCUCUCGAAGAAUGAGUACCCAUAAGUCUAAGUAGAACUGGAGGCAGGCACCAUGCAUAAUGGAGCUGGGGGUGGGGCUCAUGAAUGAUGCAUCACAAAGGGGUGGGCCUGCUUAUGUAACUGGGACACAGGGGUCUGGCAGCUGGGGAGCCACUGGCGGGAUGGGAGUAGCAGGCAGCCAGCAGACCCUUCCCCACAAGCAGGAUGACAGCAUCCCCCCCAUCCAGGGCCCCUGGGUUCGGGGCUGGAAGAGACUCUUGUCAGGUGUGGGGACCACCCUGUCAGGCCUGGACCGGCUGUGGGGACAGCGGAAGCACCAGUACCCCCAUCUGGGGUCCCUGGAGCCAGCCCUGCUGCCAGCAGAGAAGCCUCUGUCUGAGUGGCCAGUGCCGAAGCUCAUCUCGCUUUUCCUGCCCGAGUUCCCUAUCCGGCCUCCCCAGGGGCAGCAGCAGCUGAAGGUCCUGGGGUUUGUGGCCAAGGGCUCCUUUGGGACUGUCCUCAAGGUUCUGGACUGUGGCCUGGGGGCCUUGUUGGCCGUGAAGGUGGUCCCCAAGGUAGAAGUCCUUCAGCGAGACAGUUUGAGGCAAUGUAAGGAGGAGGUCAGCAUUCAGCGCCAGAUCCGCCACCCCUUUGUGAGUGGCUUGGGAGGCAGCUGGCAGGGACAGCGGCACCUCUUCACCAUGUACAACUACUAUAGCACAGGAGACCUGCACUCUCUCUGGACCACAGUUGGCUGCUUUUCUGAGGCUUCCAUCCGCCUCUUUGCUGCUGAGCUGGCCCUGGGUGUGGGCUACCUACAUGACCUGGGCAUUGUGCAUCGAGACCUAAAGAUGGAGAACAUUUUACUGGAUGAAAGAGGCCACCUAAAGCUCACAGACUUUGGCCUAUCGAGACAUCUGCCCCAAGGUGGGCGAGCUUAUACCAUCUGCGGGACGCUCCAGUACAUGGCCCCAGAAGUCCUGAGUGGCGGGCCCUACAACCAUGUUGUUGACUGGUGGUCCCUGGGCAUCUUACUUUUUGCCCUGGCAGCUGGAAAGUUCCCGUUGCAGGCUGAGAAGGAUCACGUGGCCAUGUUGGCAAGUGUCACUCGCUGGGACUAUGAGGUCCCAGCCUCUCUUAGCCAGGGGCUUUCUCUUCUGCUCCAGGAGCUCCUGUGCCACAACCCCUCCCAGCGCCUGCGCUACCUGUAUCACUUCCAGGUCCAUCCUUUCUUUCGGGGCAUGGCCUUUGACCCUGAGCUCCUACAGAAGCAGCCAGUAUCCUUUGUCCUGGAGGCGAGAGCUGCCCUUCCUGCCCCGGCGGAGGCUGCACCAUUCCAGGAUUUUGACUGUGAUUUGAUGUCUCUCUCGACCCAUCCCUGCCCUGCCUGAGCUCCAGGCCCCUCCCCGCCCCCUCAAGCUGGCUUGUAGCUGCCAGCCUCAGGAUCUUCUCCAUCGCCAACUCAGGAAGACUACCCAAAUGUACCAUGUUGUCUCUGGCCACAUGCUUGUCCCUUGUUCUUUGUAGCAGAAUCCCCUCCCGUUUUGUAACUUAAAACAUUUUACAACUGAAACUGAUCCUGUGGGGCUCAGGCCCUCUAAUGGGCUGUCGUCUCCCCUGGGGGAGAGGCCAGAGUCCGUUCCUGGGCAUCCUGUUAUGGGCAUUUCAUUGCACCUUCUUGCCUCCCCUGCUCCUCCUCAUUCAGUAGGUGAGACUAGGCCUCCCCGUUUGCUCUUCUCCACGUCUCCCAGCCUCAGGCUCCUAGCCAGGGUUCUCCAGUCCACUUCUCCCUUACUCUUAUGACACGUUUCCUUUCUCCAGCAAUACUGAGCUCUGCACUGACACACAUCGAUUCCUCAAGGUGCUUGACAAACUUAGCCAGCCUGUUCUUUUCAGAAGCAAUAAUUGUUUUUUUGUAAGGAUACAGAUCACCCUUGCCCCAACAAUUUACAUUUUCAGUUGUGAUCUAAGGAUUCAAGGCCUGAUUGUGCAAUAUAUUAAAUAAAGAAAAUAAAACUGA